AUGAGUUCUGAAGCAAGCCAUAAACAUACUGGUUCCAGCCAGAACAACAACAACAUUAACAACAACAACGCCAAUAAUGACAUCCCUGCUAAUGAUGGUAAUCACGACGCUGAUUAUGAGAAUUCUCGAAACCUUUUGGCCGGUAACGUUAGUAGAAUUGCUAGUCAUACUAAUAAUAAUAACGAUGAGGGUGUAUCAUCAAACAAUAUGCAAAACGCGAUUGGCCGUCGUUUGACAAGAACCUCGAUUCCCACCUCAAUUCCUAGUGCAUCUGAUGUCGACUCAGAAAACUCUGACACUUCCACUGACACCGAAGAGGACGUGUGGUUUCCUAUGGAUCCUGAGAAUAAUAGAGAUCACCAUGGUAUUGAUUUUGAUGAGUUGCAGCAGUUUAUUGAUUUCCAAAGGGAAGAGAACCGUAGCUUGCUCAGGGAAAACGGUAAAAUCGAUGACGAUAAUGAAGAUUACAAUAAUUUCCACGAUGGUCUUUCGGGUGGCAAUAAUGUGGCUUUUAAUAAAGAACGUCGUCACAGGCUCAAAAAUAGCAAAAAAAAGUUAUCCAAGGCUGCCAUGAAGUAUAUUCCAAAAUGGUUACACCAUCAAAACGUUGAGGAUAACGGUAUUGGAUUGGUGAACUUGGGAGGCGCUUCCAAUAUCCACAUUGGUAAUAAUAACGACGUUGCUGGAAGCUUUUCCGAUGUUUCCUCAAAACAAGACGCCCAAAAGACCGCGCAAGUUGUGGACUUUGAUGACAAUAUGAACAAAAUAGAAGGCGAUGACAGUGACGAUGAAGCCGAUAAACUUGUUGAGGCAAUUCCUAAUCGCUUUUCUUUGUUCACUUCUGAUAGCGAAGGUACUAUUCACGCCCAUGAUUUGCCAUCGUUGGUGCAACCUGGCCAAACAAUCAAGGAUUUAUUCAACACCGAAGACCAAAACUUUGUGUGGUGGCUUGACUGCUGUUGUGCCAGCGAUAAUGAAAUCAAGAUCUUGGCCAAAUCUUUUGGUAUUCAUCCGUUGACCACCGAAGAUAUCAGAAUGUCUGAAAACCGUGAAAAAGUCGAAUUCUUUAAAGACUAUUAUUUCAUCACUUUCCACAGUUUUGAUUCCGAUAAUGAAUCGGAAGAGUUUUUGGAACCGAUCAAUUUCUACAUGGUGGUAUUCAGAUCAGGGAUCUUGACUUUCCACUCAACCCCAGUGGUGCAUUGUAUCAAUGUCAGAAGACGUAUUAGACAAUUGAAGGAAUAUAUUCCGUUGAGUUCUGAUUGGAUUUGUUAUGCUUUGAUUGAUAAUAUUACCGAUUCUUUUUUCCCUGUCAUUAACGCCAUUGAUUAUGAAACUGAUGCCAUUGAAGCUUCGGUGUUUGUUAUUAGAGACGUGGAUUUCAGUACCAUGUUGCACAGAAUUGGUGAGUCCCGAAGAAAAGUUAUGACCUUGAUGAGACUACUUUCUGGUAAAGCAGAUGUCCUAAGAAUGUUGUAUAAGCGUUGUCACGAGCACGUUAUUGAUAUUCUUCCAUCAGCAAGCAAUGUCGGUGAAGGUACCAUCACCGAAAACAAAACUUUUUCUAAUUUAGUGGCCCUCAAUAAUGCCAUAUUAGCUGCCGGACCAUCGGAUUCGCAAUCCAAUGUGAAUGACAUCCAGAGAAAUAGCUUGACUAACGCUUCUUUGCACCAACCAAAGCAAACUGGUGAUGCUACCCCAAUCAGUGGACGAUCCGAUAUGGGCGAAACCAUUCAGCCUAGAAGCGAAAUUGCUCUUUUCUUGGGGGAUAUUCAGGAUCACAUUAUCACUCUCAAUAUGAAUUUGUCGUCUUAUGAAAAGAUUCUCUCUAGAUCUUACACAAAUUACCUUGCCCAGCUUCAAGUCGAGUCUUUCAAUUCAAACAACAAAGUCACGGAUAUUUUGUCCAAAGUUACCGUAUUGGGUACUUUGCUCGUGCCAUUGAACUUGGUAGGCAGUUUAUUUGGUAUGAACGUUAAAGUCCCUGGGCAAGGUGUUGAUAACCUUGGAUGGUGGUUUGGUAUUCUUGGGGUGAUGUUGUUGUCUGUUGUUGUUGGUUUGAUUGUGGCCAAUUGGUGGCUUCGUAGAGUUAAUACUCCAAUUGAUGUUGACGAUGGUGAUGACUCUCGGACAUUCAUCUCUAGAUUAAUUAGAAGAGGGAACAUGUUGACCGGUUCCGGACCUAGAAAUAAUGACUCCAAUACCCGGUCUAUUGUUAGUUUCCCUAAUAACUAA